AGUGGCAGUUGCCUCGCCACCCUGCUAGCGACGCGCCAACGGCUGAUCGACUCCGCCUGUCUGAAACGCGAGCUUUUCUCGUGCUACGUUACCUUCCUUAACCCGUCACCGGCCUAUUAUAGUGGAGCGUGGAAGUAUUUUCCAGUCUGGAAAAUUAUACAUAAUUACCUCUGAAUUACAUACAAAAACGUUAUUUCCUUAUAUAAACGUUGCCAGUUAGAAAGUUUAUAUUGAACUUCACGGUUCUAUAAAUAACGCUUCAUAAUUAGUUGCUAAAACUAUUACGAACUAACUAGAAAUAUAAUAAAUAUAGGGUGUGAACAUAUGAACAAAACUAAGUAAAUGGUUGUGCUGAUGUAGAUAGGUAAAUUAUAUACAUGUAUAGAACCUAAUUGGUUAUUUCUCAGUGAUAAUAAUAAUUUUUCUUGGUUUUCCCUUCUGAAGAGUUCAUUUCAGUACCUACACUAAAUUUCUAAUUCUGAUAUAAUAUUGAUUAAUUUUUUCAUUUUUGAUUUGAUUGAAUAUUGAAGAUAUUAUGAAAUUCAAGGAGCUUUUACACCAUCAACACUUUCAAACUCAUAUGUUAAAAGUAUGAAACCUCAUUUUCUUGUCACUAAAAUUAAAAAAGUAGAGAGGAAAGAUGAAUAUAGAUUAGUAUAGUCUCUCAACAUUCUGAAAUAAAGAACUUGUUCUAUUUACUCGUAUUAUUGUUGGGCUAAUAAGUUGCAAGUUGAAGUGAGUAUCUGAGCGUGAAAAAGCAAGUAUGCUAUAAUCUAUUUUAUAUCUGCUGUUAUAAAAUCGUAUUACAUUUUUAAUAAAUUGGAUUUUCUUCAUUGUAAAUACUUAAUUAGGAGCAGCCAUUAGCGUGAACGUGGAGAAAUAUUAUUGUGAUACUGCAUGAGUCAAAGUAGUCUAUUUGAUACUUAUAUUAAUUAACUCCAUUCAUAAAACUUGAUAUUCCAUCACAAAUAUAUAAUGAGUACCUAUACGAUUAAUUUAUUCAAUAUGAGAGUUCAGAGUGAUCUAUGCUGAAAACAUUCAAUUAGAGUGACUAAGAAAAUAUUCUACUCUUGAAUUUCAUGUGCUAAUAAAAUUUGAUAAACGUUCCCCUACUUUGGAGGAUACUGCGUCUGUUGGAUUAAAACUCAACUGCAAACCACGAGUAGGCUAUGCAGAUUGCUCUGCGCACGUGUUGGAAAAUAGUAAAACUUUGACUAGUUCUGUCAUGGAUUUACAUAUUGUUCAUCACUUCUUUUUUGUGUUGUGUAGUAUGGUUGAUUAUUUUCACUUAGGCAAAUUAGUAAACAUAAAUAAAUUUUGUAUUCAAGUAAACAGAUAAAAAUAUAAUCGUUGAAUAUUACAUAACAUGGAAUAACGUAAUGAGUAUUCAUGUAUAAUAUGCAAAGUUAUAAAACUAAUUUUGUUGAAUAUUCAUCUCAAUAUUGUUUAAAUACAACUAAAAAUUUGAAAUGAAAAUUCUCACUUGUAACAAAAGUAUUGUAGAACCUUUCCAUAUCAAGGUUAUGGAUAAAAUGUAUAUUUUCAUUAAUUAUUCCUGUGAGGUAGGAAAUAUCUGUAUUCUACUUCAGAGAGUUGUUAUUAUAAGAGCGUGAACCCAUAUAUUAUUGAUAUAACAUUUCAUAUCCUCUGACUCCUUCUUUCAUAGUUUUCAAUUCAAUGUUUGACUCACUAUCAUUAUAUUCAUCCACAAUGAAUCAUGAUUGAAAAAUAUAGGUCCAGAUCAAUUAGAUUUUUGGAGCCUACAUCAAGCAUAGGCAUCACUCUACAAUGGCUCAAGUUGUGAUGAGGUAUAGAAAAAAAUAUUGAUGAAUGAGAAUAUGAAUAAGAUAAAAUUAAUGAGCUAUUCAUACAAUACCGGUAUGUAUUCAUACAUGUAUCAGUCUGUCUAAAUAUGAAAUAAAUAUUUAUAAUGAUGAUCACUUAUUAUAAUAAUCAGUACUGGAAUAUCUUCUAGCAAACGCGGUAAUUUUCAUAUAUAAUCAAACAUUCAGAUUCACAAGAAUCAUGUCGAAAAAACAUGAAUUAUUUUCAUAUUUUUCUAGUGAAUAUCCAAAUAAUUAUACAACGAAAUAUAAAAUAAAAAACUAACAUUUUCAACUAGAAAACAAUAUAACAUGUAAAAAAAUAUUGAAAUAAAUGAUCCAUAUCUAAAUAAUAUAACUCAUCUAUGGUAGAAAAUAUUGAGAACAAUAGUUUAUAUGAUAAGUGAGCAAAAAUUGAGUGAAAGAUGACGACAACGCACUGUAGAGGCACACGCACUCUCCGCCUGAACGGGUUGACAGUGACUGCCACCCUUGGUCCCCCCAGGAAGUCACUCACUCUCAACAACCGAGCCACUUCUAGGCAUCUAUCAGAUGAGGAAGAUGGGAACGAUUUACCAGACGGUUCGUGCUUUCGCCGUGUUAUCGCCAGAUCAGAAAGUAAAAGCAACCUCAACUCUCGCACUGCUGCUAUAAGACCCGCAAAGUAUAUGGGCUCUACACCGGUAACUGGGCUUGAUCAAACAAGCAGAGCUGAAUUUGUGCGGUCUCAUCUGGAGCAGCUUAGAGAUUGCCCACGAUCGAAACCUGUGCUUUUGGUGAUCUCUUUAGCUGGUAUUAAAGUAUGCAGCCCCGACGGGAAGCGCGUGUCUAUGGCGCACGCACUGAGACGCAUCUCGUACGCCACGUGUGAGCCAAGCCACUGUCAGUUUAGCUUCCUGGCCAGAGAACCCAAGGGCCACUUCAGUCUUCAGUACUGUCACUCGUUUGUCACUAAAAACGCUGAACAGGCGGAAGAACUCAACUCGAUAGUGGGAAAUGCUUUCCGAAUGGCAUACGCAGCCCAGCUGCAGCGACAACCCACCUUCCAGGAGGUGAUUGCCUCCCAAAUACACGAGCAGAGGCUGCCCUGGCCAAAACAGAUACCGGGCAAAGUGUCGACGGCCGACACAGAGAUGAACGUUGAGGUGGCGCCGACGUCGGUGCUCCACCACAAGCAGCCUCCACCACCAUCCUCCAUCCCCGGUCUGCGUCCUCACCCGAGGACAGACUCAACGCACUCGACGCCCAGCAGCGAGGAGAGCAACUCGCCCACCGAACUCAACUCGUACAAGCGGCUCAUCGAGAAGCCACCCCUCAUCAAGCGCCUCGCCAUGGGCCUCGCUGGCACCCCCACCGCAGACGACGCCUGUCCCCUCGUGCAGGACCCCAUGCCCCCUGCGCCACCACCCCCUCCCACCCAACCACUCAUCAAGCACAUUGAAAUCGACAAUAAUAGGCUCCUGCAAAGUUCACCAGCGUCAACAGAGCAGGAAUUCAAAGGCAAACGAAUAUCGCAGAUCAGCUCGGGCAGUUCGGUGUCCGGAGCCACGCCAACCCCUCCACCUCCCCCUCCUGAGAGGACUGACAGUUUGACCAACAGACCCGAGGAAGGAGAGCUGAGAGCGGCGCCAUGGUUCCAGGCCGGUAUACCCAGGGAGAUCACCCUCGAGGUAUUAGGACAGGAACCAGUUGGAGCUUUCAUGGUGAGAGAGAGUACCAGCAAGCCAGGCUGCUUCGCGUUAUCUCUGAGAGUACCUCGAGAGUUCCAGCCCCUCGGUAUUGCACAUUAUUUGAUUAUUAGGACCAAUAAAGGAUAUAAAAUCAAGGGAUUCACGAAAGAAUUUACUACGCUGACUGCCCUGAUUACUCAUCAUUCUGUGAUGCCAGAACUUCUACCAUGUCCUCUGUCGCUGAGCAGGUACAAUCCGAGUUUUGUCAAGUCGGACUCGAACAAGGACUUCGCCGACAUCGACUCCGAUCCGGACUACAACACCCUCUCCGACUUCCGCAAAAUGAUGGCAGACCUGAACGUCUAACCUGCAGCAGAGCUAAGCAUUGAUUCCAUUGAAAUAAAUUUCAAACUACCAUAUCAAUGCUUCAGCUAUGCUACAAAUAGAACAAUAAUUUUUAAGUAUGUAUUUUUGUAAAAAUCUGUUAAUUCAACUAUUAAUAUAGAAGAUUAUCGACUAUUCGUCAAUCGAGAUGAAGCAAAUACCAGUUUUAUAAUCGAGUGGGAAAUGGAAUUUUUGUAUCAGUGUCCAAUUUGUAUAGAUUUUGUACAAUGAGAGACGAUUUCUGGAUAAAAACGUUCAAUUCAGUGAACUGAACCAAUUGUAUGUAUUUUUGUAACCUCUAGAUGAUUACUUUUAUAUUUAACAACAUUAGAUACUUGAUCAUCUUGAACUUGUUGAAAUAUUUCCAGGAAUUUCCAUGGAGUCUCUCAAGUGAACAACCUUGAAUUUUUAUCAUCGACAAUUGAUCAAUUCGAACGUUCAACAACCUGUCGUACAAUAACUAUAUUUUACUAACAACUUUUGACAUUGGUCUAAUUAACCAGAUAAAAUGGAUGCAUUCCUUCCCCUAGAAAUAAUUCUCUUAAGACGCUGAUUCCUUGUAAGCUGUGAACCUGGUGAUCCUACAAAAUUCUUCCCAGUCUAUCACUACACACAACAAACUAAUGUGAACUUUGAUGAGACUAUAGAUUCAGCAGUUGAAACACUCAUUCAGAUAUAACUUCCAGAGUAUUAGUUUUUUAAUCUGAUUAGAUCUCAAAUACUUUCAACAAGUAGGACUUGACCGUCAAACAGGAAUUAGAAAACCGAAUUAUUUAAAAAAAUAGCUCCCCCAUCACUUUUUUUCCACACCAAAAUAAGAAUAGAAUUUUGUCUUUCAUGGUCAAAUAGUGAAAUUUUGUGUAACUAUAUAGUAAAAUGAAGCACUUAAUAAUACACAUAUUAAAACCAGCAUUCUUCAUGAACUUAUGAAUCCAUAAUUCUCAAAUAAAUUCUGUAUUGGGACUAUCCUUGUAGUCUUGUGCAAUUGGAAUAGUUCUUCCAAUGUAAUUAGACUGUUCUUGAUACCUGUUGUUGAUUAACCGUUGAUAUUGUUAUGAUGUGCUAGAUAUUGUUGAACACUACUGGAAAGCAUGAAUAGACCAUUACAAAUUAUAAAGAUAGAUCAUUAAAUCAGGUUGGAAGAUCAGCACUUAACUCGAAAACUAUUUCUUUUUGAAUGAGUGGAUAAUUUCUUCCCAGCAAUCUUCACUUAUAAAAAUUGAAAUGUUUCGUUACCUUCUGGUGGAAUUUUGAUUCUAUGUUCUAUUUGCAGUUCAUGGUUGAAAUUUUUUGUCUCCGGUUAAUGAGACAGUAUUAUUUUCAACUUCCAAAUGCAUUUGGAAUUCGAUUCUGUGCGAAAUUGAUGAAGACAAUUAUUGCAUGCAUGACGUUUACCUUCUAAAGAAGAAAUUUAUCAUGUAGUUGUAUGUAUGUUGAUGUUUAAUAUCUUCUUUUAAAGACUGUAUAACAAGAAAUUAUUAUUCCGAAAUUUGAUGUUGAAAUUGUUGUUUGUAUAUUGUGUAAAAUUAUGUGGAAGUAUAACGUUGGUAUGAGAAUGAGAGUAUGUAAUAUGUUGUUGAUGUUGAAUCUUGAUGUGUUGUUAUUUUUUCCAAGUUACAAAGGCAAAUCAAAAAACAAAUUCUGUUUUUGAAAAGUCUGUAAACUUGGAUGUUAUCUUUCACUUUCUCUUCGCAAUUCGCAUAGUAAAGCAUCAUUAGUUAGCUCAUCUUAUGAUCGUGUAAAAAGUAGAGUUAGUAAUUAUGUGAUAAUUCAUCAAUAAAUAAUGGAGAGUACGAGCAUGAUUCAUGGAACUUAGACUAAAUACCAAAGCAUUGAAACAUUAAAUUUCCAAUACCACUGUGACGGAUUGAAAAUAAUGGGCUAUUCGUAGGCUUUUUAAAUUCUCCUUUUGAACAAAUUCUCGAAAUUUUUUCACAAUUUCUAUAUAAUAAUAUCAGACAACUUCCACUAAUCUGGAAAUUCUAUAUUCCGAAACGUAAAUCCAAUCGAUAAACUUUAUUCAUGAAUAUUUUUUAGAAAUAUCAAUGUGCUGAAAAUGAUCCACUUUUAGAAUGAAUCUACUAUAGUUCAUUCAAUAUUGACAAGAAAAAGGGGAUACGCCUGAAAAAAUAUAUUGUAGUUCUUAUUCAUUAUUUUUUUUGGAUGCAUGAAAAAGUGCAGAGCAAAUUUUUCAUGCAAAAUUUGUUGUGCUUAAUACAGAAUGCCCCCAAAACAUGGGAUUUUCGGUAAAUUUUCCAGUUUUACAUUCUCCAAUCAAGAAUUGAUCUCCAUUUUCUUAUCGAAUUCGAAGAAUUAUUCGUGAUUUUGAAACGCCUUGACGAGCUGUAGCACGAGGAGUGUCGCACGAUCAUUGUGUCAAAAGUUAUGAGUGUAAUCAAAUUUUGAUCCUGGAGUGUAGCACGAUAAUGGAGUGUAAAUUUGGAUCGAGGAGUGUAGCACGAUCAUUGUCAAAAGUUAUGAGGGUUAUCAAAUUUUGAUCCUGAGGUGUCAUGCGCGCCUCUCCACUAGGAAAAUGUAUGUUAUUUAGUGCAUCUAACGGGUGAUUCUAAUAGAACAUGACUUUAGAAAUCGAUAUCAUUCGUGAAGUCUCAAUUUGAGGACAAUGAUGUAAGUGAUGAUCUGAUGAUGGUUGAUGCUAAAAAUUAAGUGUUUUUUGAAACACAAGUAGCAUUAUUAUCAGGUGUACCUGGAAAUCUAUAUGAGAUAUCUCAUAUCUAUAUACAGCUACCUGGUCUCAGGUUGUCACAGAAUAGCAUGCAGAGGGAUUUUGAAAGAUGCAUUAAAAUUGUGACAAUCGGAAGAUAUUGUUGAUAAAAAACUAAAAUUCAUCAACAUUGAUUUUUUCAUAAACUUUUACUGAUUUUUGAAUAAUUGUUAAUCAGUGCUCAAUGAGGAUAGAGAGCUUCAAAUGAUUUCAUCUUACUCGAAAUUCUAUUUAAAAAAAAAUGUGAGUGACUUUUCUGUCCGAUGGCUGAAUGUAGCGGAAAUAGCUGGAAAGUGGAAAUGAGCAAAAACUACUUUGUUGUUGGGACACUCUGUAUUUAGCAGAAGGGGAUUUCACAUGG